AUGAGUAAGAUGAUCAAAAAUCAAACGUUGAUGAUUCCGACAGCGCCAUUACCGCAACCGCACGUGGCGAUGCCUGUGCCAGCCGUGGGCAGCGUACCCUCGAACGACACCGCACUCAGGAAUGGCAGAGAACCGCUCACCAACAAGGUACCGUCGAUCACGUUCUCUGACGCCACUGCGAGACCACUGGGACCGAUGGGAGAGAUGUUAGUGACGACCAGAGGGCUGCUUGAACCAAUGCUGAGGCCACCGAGGUUGAAGGUUACACCAGUUAAUCCUGUAUUGAGACCAAGACCUGUUCCAAUUACACCAGUGUUGCUAAGACCUGCUCCAACUAAACCUGCACUGCCAAAACCAGUUCCAAUCAGGCCAGCAUUGUUGAGGCCCGUGCCAGUCACACCGAUGCCGCUGCCAAGACCUGCACCAACCAGGCCGGCGGCGUUAGAAAUGCCUGUACUAAUCAUACCAACACCAUUGCUAAGACCUGCACCAAAUAGAUUGGCGCUGCCGAUGCCGGUGUUAGUGACACCGAUCGAAUUAAUUCCGUUGUUAGAGACGAAUGUCUACAGUCAAUUUGGUUCCUUGAGCUAUGGUGGUUUUUUGGGUGACACUGGCGUCGAUUUUGCUGCCACUGCUGCCAGCAGUGGUUUGGCUGGACUAAGUGGAUACUUGGAAAAUGGUGGCCUUAUUAACAAUGGCCUUGCCGUGAACACACUUGGCCUUGGUGGUCUUGGUAUUAAUAACCUUGGAUUUGGCCUUGGUAAUGUUGGUUUAACUGCAGCUGGAUUGGAGAAUGUUGGCGUGGCUGGUUUUGGUGUUGGCAACAUUGGUCUUGGCCUUGGUAAUACUGGUUUAACUGCAGUUGGAUUGGAAAAUGUUGGCGUGGCUGGUCUUGGAAUUGGCAACGUUGGACUUGGUAACGCUGGUUUGGCUGUGGGUGGAUUGAAUAACGCUGGCUUAGGGCUUGCCGGACUCGGAUACGGCGCUGGUCUCGGCGUACAAAACGUGGCUGCUACAUCCCAGGUGCCCGUUACCGGCCCGUUCACCGCUACUGGUAACGCUGAGCUCGUGGUCGGGGGUGACUUUGGCGUCGGCGGUCAAGCCGUGGUCGGUGGACAGAUCCCAGUGCUCGGUGCUGUUGGCUUCUCUGGUGCCAUACCCGCCAGUGGCGUCGUCUCCAUCGCUGGCAACUGCGGUUGCUCAACUAUACCUCUGUAA